AAAUGGCCGACUUGGAUUUCCCGUUUUGGUUCUGAAAUGCUGUUGACGUAUGUCGCGAGCGCGUUAAUUAAUAUAUAUAUAGUUGAGUACGUAAUGUCGUACCACGCGGGUAUUAUAGCGAGUAGUGUCAACGAUCCAUUACGUUAGCGAGGACCAGCAGUGACACCUCGGCCUUAAUCUCGUGUAAACUACUGAGGAAUACUAUCUACUUACCUGGCCGUGGAUCGUAAAUACAAACUCUCGACAUAUGUAAUAUUUAUUUUAAAUUAAAAGGUGACAUUGGAUUUUACACAACGUGAUUACAUUGGUGUGGUUUUGAAUGUCGUCCUGGAAUUAGACUGUCGGCUUGAGAUUGGAGUUGGCGACAGAUAUUCGUAAGUUUGUAAAUGAAAUUCAGUGAUUCUAUCGGAGCUAACGUCUCGGAGGUGUAGAUCGGCUGUUAAUGGACGUGCACCUGUCCAGGCAGCUGAGAUUUUUGCACGUCGACUACUAAGAGACGUACCGGAUAAUUGGAGCCUAUUGUUACAGAGCGUGCGCCGUUGCAGACAAGGUAUGGUACUAUUGCUGAGGAGAACGCCAUGUCCUUCAUACUAGUGUAGUGUGGUAUCUACCACAGAAUGGGCGGGAGGCCGGGAUACAGAGGCUGCGAGGGAUGUAAUACAGAAGUCCGACGCUAUUAAUCAACGCCUGUUUUCAUUGACUCUACAUCCCUAUCACUCUGAUGGAAUUCGUCUCUCUGCCAAACUGCCAAACCCCCAACAGUCUGCUUUGGGAGCGCGAGCGCAUAGCACGCGCACUAGAUAUGUAUAGCCUUGCAUGUGAGAUAUGUUAUUGUGCAAGAUAAUAUAUGAUAUCUUUAUCACAGUUUUCGAAUUUCAAAGCUCUUUAUGAAGAGCACUAUAUGCGAGUGAUGGAUAUGUUUGAUAUUUGGUGCUCCUCUAUUCUCCGUGAUUGGAUAUAACCAUUCCCUAUUACAUUGGAUGUAACCAGGCCUGUAUCACCGAAUCGUACAUACUCACACACAUGGCGAACGGAUAGGAACUUCCCUGUGACACAGUGUCACCCUCGUGUCCGUCAUUUAACAAGGAUGAUGGAUUUCGAUUCUUUGAAAUCCGAUAUUUUGAAGGAUACAUUUGACCUUAUAGAUGAUAUAAAAUCUGGAAGAGAUUUAGAUUUUCGAAAAAUGAAAUUAUUUUCGAAACCUAUCGAUUCAUUCUUCUCUUCAUCGUCGUCGUCGUCAUCCUCGUAUGACCCCCGGCGACGAAACAGUAACCAGAGGGUGAACGACUUAAAACACAGAUUUUCAUCAAUUCCGUCAUUUUCAACUUUCAAACGAACAUCAUCGAAGGAUUUAGACAGGGAUAAUGAUCCAUUUAAACGUACCAAUGUGAAACGUUCAGAGUCGACGUACUCUACCGGAAGUUACGAUACGACAGACUCGAAUGAAACCUUAUCGGAAAUGUCCGAUUCCUCUUUUUCACCCGGAAGUUCAAAAAGUCGUUCAAGUGGUCAUGAUCGAACAAACUCUUCAUCUUCUGAUAGUUCAAAGGUCGCCGAAUUGUCAAAAAAGUUAGAGGAAAACUUCAUGAAGGACGAGAGGCAUUCUAUGCCUCACGAGAUGUACUCAAAGUGCGACCGGACGUUAAACGACCUUGACCGUCCAAGGUCAGUUCCUCUUAAUACCGGAAAUCCAAAUUUAUCAAAACACUGGAAAGACAGUGACUCUAAUCUCAAAUGUUUUCCUAAUAAGGUCAUGAACUCUCGUGACCUCGGAACUUAUUCUCAAGGCAGACACCUUUCGAACGGAUAUGAUUCUGAUUCUCGGAGUACUGUAACCGGAAGCGGAAGUAGAUUUAACUCUAUGAGCAGUUUUGACUUCCCAUCUCUCUCAGACAGAACACACGAUUUUGAUGGUGGUGGGUCAAACUCGCCGCAAUUGCCAACGUCACCAUUGAGUCCGAGGUCACCUAUAGACCUCAGCUCUCCGAACCUUCCCAACCCCCCGAGCUACGAGUUGUCAAGGAACAUUUAUAAAUCGGACCCCGGGGGACUGCCAGCAACAACUUCACUAAAACAGGACAGAGAGGCUUGGGAGGAGCGGACGAACCGGAUACAGGAUGCCCUUAAGUGGCUCCGGUCGGAACUGGGGUCUUUACGAGCCCAGGACAAGGCCCUUCUGUCCUCGUUAAGUCGGUGUCAGGACACGAUAGAGGACAUAAAGAAACAGAGGACGGUCCUCAACGAAAAUGACGAGGACGACUUAGAGGAGGACGAAGAGGAGGACGAGGAUCACUGGGAGGACUGGGAGAUAGCAGAGUUUGAUAGACAAUGUCGAGAAAAAGAUGCGUUAAACAAGCUGAAGCCAUCCACCGGAACCGGAAGUAGUAAUAUGACGCGAUUAAGCGGAAGUGGAUUUCCCAUCAGACAGGAUGUACAAGCUGUUGUAUAGCAAAAAGCCGCUCUUGUGUUCCGCUGUGCCAUGCAAUGCUAGUUAAAACUAUUUAUACAAACCUGCUUAUUUGAUUACGGAAAUUACCCAUACGUGUCAUACGCAUGCGUACACGGAGUUCUGUUCCAUGAUUGAUAAGAAAGUGAGGAUUAUUCGAGAUGGUUUUACCAUGGAGAGUGUGUGUAUAAACAUAAAGAAUUGAAGGAAUACCGCAAAAUGCAUGAGAUUAUCAAGCUUACCUCAUCAUGUGGUCCUUUAUACAUUUGUGUGAUUGCGGACCGAUAAUUCUGCAAAGUUCGUCCCUAUUGAGAAAAGUCAAUGGAAUGUUUCUUUAGAGCAGCCAUAGAAUUACAUAAAUAUUAGUCUAGCAUUUGUUUUAAAUGAAUGUGCUUUUUAUGUACAUUAAAAUGGAUAAUGCGAAACAGAAAAAAACGAUAAUUUAAUUGACAGAAGGAUGUUUCCAAAAGCGUAAUUUAUAAAAUUAUGUGAUCAGGGAAUUUUCGAUUUUAAUUAAUGUUAUUUUUAUUUAUUUAAUUGAAUGUUAAUCGAUAUAUUUUCAUUCUGAUCUCAAAAAGUACUUUAUCAAUCGGUACCGGAAGUUGAUUACAACGUCAAAUUCCUGCCCGGUUGGCGGUCCUGGCAAUCCGGAAAUAUUCCUGCAUGACAACCUUGCCUGAUGAUUAUAAUGAACGUGAUGUCAGAGACAAAUCAUCACAUUGUAUGCAAACAACCCCGCCAUCAGACGUGACGUCAUUGUGCCAAACCAGCAGUACUGACCCAGUACUGGUGUAACAUACCCAACUCAUUCCUUGAUUAUAGUUAAUGUUUGUAUGACCUGCCGCUAAAUUAACUCCUGACUUUUAACACGAAAAAAAGUCACAUUAAAAUAAAAUAAAUACUCAGCUAUGUCGUGUGA